UCUUAUUAGCCCGUUCUGUGUCUAGGUAGUACCGAGGCGCAUUCCACAGAACACGCCACGCCUACUUGACUAACCUCUUAACUUACAUCGACACACGUACACGGAUACAUGUAAUACGUUCCUCAAGGCAGCACAAGGCAGCCUCUGUACAACGCCAACAGCCAGCCAAAAAGCCAAAAAUAAUAACUCACAGACGGAUCACCGGCAGAGGCGACAAGAAUCAAAUAGCUUCAACAUGCCAAUCCAAUAGAUCCAUUGCCAGUUCCGGAUCUGUCUCCCUCCUCGGCGAACAAUGACGUCGCGGCGCAUCCUCGAAACCUCGCCCUUCGGCCAAUCAUGAUGGCGAAGUCGCCCAUUUACGGGCACUUUCAAGGAGGAGGGGGGAGGGGAUUAUACACGGAAAACCCUCAACGUCUGACAGGAUUCAUAGGCAGCCAAGGCAUUUUUCUGACCUUAUUUUUUAAAAUUCUCCUUCUGAUCAACUCUUACUUUUUCUUCUUUUCUCCGAGUGUGUGGGACGCUGCAGCUCUUUGGGGGGUUCUUGGCACGGCAUAUGUCAGUGUCAGGAGGGAUGAUCGACGACGCUUGUCUGCAGGGGCCGCCUUCACAAUGUGUACUUGCUGCGAACUGGACGAUUCGCGGGGGGUGUUUGUUUUGUCAAAGAUGGGGGGCGGUCUCGGAUUGGCCGGUCCCAAGUAUCGAACAGUUAUGCUGAUGCUGUGCGUAUGUAGGGCAAGCAGGGCGUUGUUGUGUUCCCCCAUUAUUCAUGAUCGUCUCCACGAUGACACUCACAGAAAAAACUCCUAAUCCAUCACAUGGGAACACCCAAAACAAGGCAAUACUGAGAUACGGUGACGUCAGAACCCAUCACCGGGCAGAUUGACGUCUUACUUGCCG